ACUCUUCCACUCUACAUCAUCUUCAACAUGGCUAUGAAACAUUCUUUACUCAAAGUUGCUGUUUUCUUCACAAUUCUCCUUACUGCUACUGCAGUUGAUUUGUCUGGAAACUCAAAGAUGAGCAAAGCAAUGGCACUAUAUGGAGGGUUGCCCCUAUCAAUAUCAAUGAUGAGAUUAUUAGUUCCAAAUGACUUUGCCAUGACUUGUCAUGUGGCUUGUAGAUCUAAUAGUGACUGUGCUGGUGCUUGGUUAUGCCAUUGGUGUUGGCCUCAUGAAAAUCCAACUUGGGGUUAUACUGAGUAUUGGUGUAGCAUGUUGCCUGAUUAAAGAAUAAUUAAUAGUGCUAAUUAAUUAUUUACUCCUUUAAAUUAAAUAAUAGUUAUAUGUAUGUGUUAAGAGUGAUGAUUAUAUGUCUUAUAUAUAUGUUAUAAAUAAUUAGUGUGUAAGUGUUGAAAGUGAGAAGGGAUUAGAGAAAGGUCCUAAUUCACCGAUGUGAGUCAUUUGUGUAAUGAUAGAGGUAUAUCAGCUUCAAAUCGCAAAGUUAAAGAGUACAUCAAGAAUAAGGACCUUUUUCCAAAAUGAAAAUUAUGUAAUACGCACUUUAAAUAACAAUGAUGUGUUGUAUGUGUGUUGAGAGAUCUGAUGAUGUACUAUAUAGUUCAAGUAGUAUUGAUGUACUAUGUGUUAAAAGAGUGUUAUGUAAUAUAUGUAUUUCAAAUAAUAGUGAUGUGUGUGUUGAUAAUGCAUUGGA